AAUGAAGUUACUUUUGGUUCUAGCUUGCGUUGUCCUCUGCGCUUCUCUCGCUUAUGCCCAGAAUCGCUGCGAUGGACGUCCUAGCGGGCGCCAGAAUUGCGUCGGUGGCAAGAAUGAAGGACGUGGGGGAGGAAGUUGCCACAGAACUGCCAUGGACGAAAUGUGGUACUAUAACCAGAGAUCCGGAAAGUGCCUCAAGAUGAAGUACCUCGGAUGUGGUGGCAACCAAAACCGCUACUGCUCCUUAAGACACUGUCAAAGAUCGUGCCCAAGAACUUAAAUGUCUUCAUUGAUCCUCUUCCAAAUUAAAAUGCAGCCUAUAUUUACAGCAAAUGCAAAAAAAUAAUGUGCUCUUUGAAAGAAAGAUAUUUAUGAGAACGGAGGUAAAAGUAUCUAUCAUUAGCAUAAAAUAAAGAACUUGGCAAACUA